AUGGCUGCGUCAGUUUCGCAGUUGCCGCUUCCCCUCGCCGGCCGAGUCGCCAUAGUCACCGGCUCCUCUCGUGGAAUUGGGCGAGCUGUAGCGAUCCACCUCGCUGAACUCGGUGCGAGGAUCGUCGUCAAUUACACCACUAGAUCAGCAGAUGCCGAGCGUGUCGCGGCGGAGAUCAACGAUUUUCCAGCCAGGGAAGAAAUCACCGGAAAGGGACCAAGAGCGAUUGUUGUUAAGGCCAAUGUCUCCGAGCCAAGCCAGGUGAAAUCGCUGUUUGAUUCCGCCGAGAUCGCCUUCGAGUCUCCGGUUCAUAUCCUGGUUAACUCGGCCGGAAUUCUCGAUCCCAAAUACCCCUCGAUCGCAGACACGUCAGUCGAAGAUUUCGAUCGCACUUUCAGUGUCAACACGAAAGGAGCGUUUCUGUGCAUCAAGGAAGCUGCGAAUAGGCUUAAACAAGGAGGAGGAGGUCGAAUCAUACUCAUGACAUCUUCCAUGACCCGAGGGUUAAAGCCGGGAUUCGGUGCCUACGCAGCAUCAAAAGCAGCUGUUGAAACUAUGGUCAAGAUUCUCGCAAAAGAGCUCAAAGGAACAGGGAUCACUGCAAACUGUGUCGCUCCAGGACCCAUCGCUACUGAGAUGUUCUUUGAAGGAAAGAGCUCUGAAUUGGUGGAGAAGAUAGCUGCGGAGUCACCUUUUGGGAGGGUUGGGGAAGUCAAAGACGUGGUGCCUCUUGUUGGUUUCUUGGCUGGUGACGGUGGUGAAUGGAUCAAUGGUCAGAUCAUUCCUGUUAAUGGUGGAUACGUGUAA